CAGUGACACACCUCCAAAAUGGCUUCCAAAGAGGAGCCGGUGUGUCAAAUCUUCUCAUUUCAAGACUGUAAAACUUCUCCCGAUCCGAUUUUCGACCUUCCCGCCCGCUACCUGACCCCCUCACCAGUCCCGAUAGUGAUCGAUAACGGCUCCUUCCAGACCCGGGCCGACUGGGCGGCUCCGGCGGAGGAGGUCGGAGCUCCGCGGCUGCUCUUCAGGUCGGUGGCGGCGCGCAGCAGAGGCGCCGCCCGCAGCGACACGCAGAUCGGUAACGACAUCCCCAACCUGGAGCCUCUACGGUGGCUGCUGAAGAGCCAGUUCGACCGAAACGUGGUGGUCAACUUCGAGAUCCAGGAGCUGAUCUUCGACUAUGUGUUCACACAUCUGGGCAUCACCUCAGAGGGCCGCAUCGACCAUCCCAUCGUGCUGACAGAAGCGCCCUGCAACCCGCUUCACUGUCGGCAGAUGAUGUCAGAGUUGCUGUUCGAGUGCUACCAGGUCCCACACGUCUCCUACGGCGUGGACGGCUUGUACAGUUUCUACCACAAUAACACUCAAAGGAACCUCCAGCCUCCGCACACUGGCAUCGUUCUGUCGUCAGGAUACCACUGCUCACACAUCCUGCCGGUUAUCAACGGCAGGUUGGAUGCAGUCAACUGUAAGCGUGUGAACGUGGCUGGGAGUCAGGCAGCAUCCUACCUGCAGCGCCUCCUCCAGCUGAAAUACCCAGGUCACCUCGCCGCCAUCACACUCAGCCGCAUGGAGGAGCUACUGCAUGAACACAGCUACACUGCUGUGGAUUAUCAUGAAGAGCUGGAAAAGUGGCGCAGCCCAGAGUUUUAUGAGCGCGAGGUUCACCGUAUGCAACUCCCCUUCUCGGGCAAGGUACCGGGCGGCUGCGUGAGCGUGGAGGAGAGGCAAGAGAGACGAGCUCAGCAGCUACGACGGCUUCAGGAGAUCAAUGCUCGCCGCCGAGAAGAGAAACUGCAACAGGAUCAAGAGAGGCUGGACAGACUUAUGGCUGUACAGGAGCUGCUGGAGGACGGCCUGUUGGAUCAGUUUCAUAAGAGCCUGGUGGAGCUCAACAUGGACUCAGCUGAGGAGCUGCAGUCGUACAUCAACAAGCUGCAGCUGGCUGUGGAGCAGGGCAGACAGAAACUGCUGCACAGCGACGGAGCAGAGGGGAAGACGGAGGUGUCUGAGCUGGAGCAGCCCAUGGAGGAGGGAGACGGAGUGGCGCUGAUGGAUCCUGACUUCCCCGAGGACACGCUGCCAGAAAAACCCGCUAAUGUGGCUCAGCCGGUGUUCAACAUGGCGGAGUACCACCAGCUGUUUGUGGGGACGGAGCGUCUGCGGUGUCCAGAGAUCCUCUUCCAGCCCUCGCUGUCCGGAGAGGACCAGAUGGGACUUAUGGAGACGCUGCACUACGUCCUGGCCAGGUACACUCCAGAGCAGCAGGAGGCGCUGGUGAGCAAUGUGUUUCUGACUGGAGGGAACAUGCAGUACAGCGGGAUGAAGGAGAGAGUGGAGCGAGAACUGCGGGCCAUGAGGCCGUUCCAGUCACACUUUAAGGUGACCAUGGCGUCGCGGCCGGCCCUGGACGCCUGGUACGGGGCCAGAGACUGGGCCUUGGAGCAUCUGCCUGCAGGUGGGGGAGGCGGGGCAGCAGAGGGAUGGAUCAGCAGGCAGGACUACGAGGAGAAAGGAGGCGAAUACCUGAGCGAGCACUGUACCUCUAACCUCUUCAUUCCCAUGAAGAUUGCCAAACCGGUUCCUGCUCGCCCCGCCGAGCCUUCUGUUACCACGCAGACUUCAACAGGAGCUACCGCAGCCGUCACCACGGUUACAUCUGCUCCGACUGUCUCCUGUUCUGCUGUUGCUGCUGAUGUUGCUAUGGUUACUUCCUAAACUGAGAGAAUCAGUGAAUUCAACAUGUAAAGGAAAAAUCCACCAUCAGACGUGUUUCUCAUCAGACUCUGACGUUCAGUUAAUUCCAAGAAUUAUUUUCUUUUGUUCUUUUGUCUUUUUACUCACUUUUGUUCAACUGCUUCUAUUUCAGUAAGCGACUUCUCAUGUUUCCCAGAAUGCCUUUCAGAAAGCCCUGGAGAGCAAUGUGUCAAGUUAUAGCAAAGGGACUGACACAAAAAGUCAGUGUUUACCAUUUGAUGUUUCAGGCGACUUGAACUGAAAAUUUUUGAUUGUAACUGGAAAUGAAAUAUCGCAGUGUGACAUUACAUCGUCUACAAUGAAGCAGUUCUCUGUGGAAAUUAGAAAAUACAUCGUUAAACAACAAUAUAGGCCUGAAAUAUAAGGUUCAUUAGCAGUUGGUGUUAUGUUGUGGAUUUUUCCUUUAAUCGUGUUCUUGUUCUGUGAAUUUUGCAACUUCCUGUUGCAAAUACAGUUUUGAUUGUUCAUAUUGAAUGGUCAUCAAAUGAAUUGUCUGCAAAGGUCCAAUGAGUUUAUUUCAUGUUUUAUUAUGUAAAUAGAAUUUGUUGUUUGUAUGUUUUUUAUAUUUUCACUGAAGGAAACAGCUGUUUGCAUUUGAUUGAAUGACUGCUUGAGAAGAAAAUUUGAUUCAGUCUCCAAUA